AUGGCAGGGGACAUGGAAUUCAAGAGCUGGGGCUACACACAGAUCAAUGUCCAGAAAUUCUGCUAUAAUUGGACCAUUAGCAACUUUUCAUUUUGCAUGGGGGCACAUCAGAAAAGUAUUACCAGCCCAGUGUUCUCAUUAGAGGCCAGUAAGGAAGUGGCAUGGUGUUUGAGGUUGUACCCAAAUGGGGUUGAUGAAGAAAGCAAAGAUUACCUGUCAGUUUAUCUGGAGUUGCUCAGCGCUCUGGAGAGCCCAAUUCUGGCAAAGUUCGAGUUCUGGAUCAUAAAUUCCCAAGGAGAGAAAUAUCAAAGUAGGAAGAUCUCCAAUGUCCAAUGCUUUCUGCAAUACGAACACAGGGGAUUCAAAAAGUUUCUCCUUCGAGGUCUUCUCCUUUCCCAUAUGAAUUGGUUUCUCCCUGAAGACCAGUUCACCAUAUGCUGCAAGGUGAGCAUAGUUGGAACCGUAUUUGACAUGCCUGUACAGAAGAGGACACCUGCAAUCAAGGACCCAAGGCACAUGUUGACAGAUGAUCUAGGGGAGCUAUGGGAGAAUUCCCUCUUCACAGAUUGCUGCCUGCUGGUAGCUGGCCAUGAAUUCAAGGCUCACAAGGCAAUCCUAGCAGCUCGCUCUCCAGUUUUCAGAGCCAUGUUUGAAAAUGAAAUGAAGGAGAGUCUAAAGAACCCCAUUGAGAUCAUGGACCUGGAUCUUGAUGUCUUUAAGGAGAUGAUGGGUUUCAUCUACACAGGGAAGGCACCACACCUCCACAGCCACUCCAUGGCCUGUGAUGUGCUGCCAGCUGCUGACAAGUAUGGCCUGGUGGGCCUGAAGGUCCUGUGUGAGGAUGUCCUCUGCAGGAACCUCUCUGUGAAGACUGCUGCACACACUCUCAUCCUGGCUGACCUCAACAGCACAGAGAAGCUGAAGAGUCAGGCCCUGGAUUUCAUUGCCAUUCAUGCCUGUGAGGUUUCUGAGACCUCAGAGUGGAAGUCAAUGUGGAAGUCCCAUCCCCACUUGGUGGCUGAAGCAUUCCACUCCCUGGCUUCUGCAAAGUGUUCUUUCUUGGAGCCAAAUGUGGUCUUAGAAUCUAGCCAGCUAUGA